CCACUACACAAAGCAGCGGCUUUCGGACGCGCGCACCCAGCACACGCACACACACACCGGAGGGGAAGGAGAUGGAGGCGGAGGCGGCGGAGAGGGGACGGAAGGAGCGAGUUGCGGCCGUCGGUCACGCCGGGGUGGAGAUGGAGGUGGAUGCGGGUGCGGAGGUGGAGAAAGCGAUAGAGGACGGGGAGAUCGGCGGAGAAGGCUCGGAAGCGGAGGAGGAGGAGGGGGACGGGACCGGGUGGGAAGACGACGGCGCGUUCGAGGGGAAGGGGUCGAGGCCGCUGGUCUCGGCGGGGAGCCGCGGGUCCUGGAGGGGGAGGGGCGGGAGGGGCAGAGGAGGGUUUCACCACCGCGCUUGGUACGGCGACAGGAAUCUGCCACACCACAAAUUGGACAUAUUCAGCAUACCUGGUGUUUAUGGUGGUGCUAUUAUCCUCUGCAAUCAUGUGACUAAGCUGGAGAGCUUCAAGCAGAAACUUUUUGCCCUUCCUGAUUAUGCUACAUCAUUCAUAAGGAAGAUCAGAGCUGGUAUGCUUCUCUUUGUGUUUGAGCGUGAGGAGAAAAAACUUUCUGGCGUGUUUGAGGCAACUUCAGAUGGAGCACUGAAUAUCCUUCCUAACGCAUUUCGUUCAUCACGGAAGCCCAGACCAGCCCAGGUUCGUUUCAGAAGAGUUUGGUUCUGUAAGCCCCUGACGGAAGCUGAAUUUUCUGAUGAAAUCAAAGGACUCCAACCCCAAAUGUCUUUCUUUGGUAUAUCAUACCAGCAGGUUUUAAAUCUUGUACACCUGUUUUCUUCAAAGAGGAUCAGUCUGGAGCCUUACAAGAAACCAAAAUCAAGAGUUAUAUCGGACUACAAUGUCUCUCUGGCUCGUGCUGGACUAGAGUCCAGUUUACACACUGGUAGCAAUGCCUUCCCUAGACGUUCAUCUUCUAUGCUAUGCAACAACAGAAUCUCAGCACCACACAGUCCCUUCAUGUAUGGCAAGCAGAAUGCCAAGCAGGCUGAUUAUAACUAUGAAUCUUCUUUGCACCCUCAUAUUAAGUCUGUGAUCUUCAAAGCGCCGGAUAUCAAAGCGCAAGUCUUGGAACCAAAUGCUGAUUUUAUACCACUUGAUCUAGAUGAUUAUAAGUCUGACAGUGAUGCAGUCCCUUCAGAUCUACUGGGACCUGCAGGCUUAUAUUUAGCAUUACCAGGCAGCAUCAUCAAUGAGGAUCAAGAUCCUGAACCUUUCAAUGCCAAGCACAAUGAGGAUGACAUGUAUCCUGCACCUGUGCUGAGCCAAAGCUUCCAUUCUCUAUGCGAGACAAGUCAAAACAGUGCCAUUGCUCAUUUCAUGAAAGAGAGGCAAUCAAGCAUGCAGGGCAGGGGGUGCAAACGCAUGUCAACCCUCCAGUUUGAUGGACACUCACAUCUCCCAUCCCCAAGGAGUUCCACUAUAGCAAAGAAGGUGUCGUUUAGCUUUGAUGGUGAUGAAAUUUCGGUUACCUCUGAUAAAGCAUUGAACAGACCUGCACUUGCUGAACUCAAACAAAACAGAGAAGCAGUUACCAAAGAAAGAAAGCAACAGGUCAGUUACUCGGUUCAGGGCACACAAAGCAAGAGUGGAGAUGAUUCAAAAAAGAGGGGUAAGCUGAUGAGCCUUUCCUUCGCAGAAAGAGUUGCUAGUCUACGUGUCAAGAGCUGCUUCGGCAAUAGACAGUCACUGCUGAUGCAGUCAAGCAAGCUGUCCUGCACACUUCUGCCCAGUGAGGAAUGAAGAUAGCUUCACAGAAUCAGUGUUUCUAACUCAGUGGUGGGCAGGUAGUAACUUCAGGUGAUCAUAAUGCGCAACACUUUCCCUUUAAGUGGGUGUUCUAGAGGAGUUCUUUUGAGCAGUAGCCCAGGAUGACUUGACAUUUACUAUGGUCAGGCAGAUGUAAAUAUGUGUCAUCUCUCGCCGCAUUUUAUUUUUUGUUCCAGCUCAACAAAAUUCAGGGAUGAGUGCUGGUUUGCACUAUGUAGAGAGAUCUGAGUACAAGUUUUUACCAUCUCUGUUCUCUAGCAUUUUGUGGGCGAUCUGCUGAUUAUACAAUAUCGCAGCUGCAUGACUGUUUGCUUGCAAGUCGUUUUUCCUGGGAAAAAGGUGUAUGGUCACCUUCACUGUCA